AUGCCAGUCACAAGGUCACAGAACGGGAUGCAGCGAGGGGAAUCGACAACGACUGUUACCUCCGCCACAAGGUCCGAAGUCCGGACCACAGGCGAAGAGAUAACGAUAGAGCAGUCCACGUCGACGAGCGCAGCCAGCCAGCCAGAUCAAGCAUUGACUCUGGCACCAGCGGGUUCCACCCGGCGGGCAGCAUCGAGAGCCGUAUCCAGAGCCAGCUCAAGAAGACAAGCCGAGGCCAGAGAAGAGCUGGCUCGCUGCGAGCUGCGGGAAGCGCAGGCAGCAGCACGCCUGGCCAGAUUACGAUUAGAAGCAGAAACGGAAGAGGAAGACUCCUUUAUAGAAGACGUCAACGAUAACCAUGAAGAAAAGGUGGCAAACUGGAUGCGCUCAUCGGCACAAAGGCCAGAAGAAAUAGAAACAAAGAGCGACAUUCGAGCAAUAGCUGACGCAAUAAAGGAAGCCAUGACGACACAUGUAGCGCCGCAACCGAAGUACAUUCAAGAGCUGCCGAUAUUUGAAGGCGACAGCUCCGAAUGGACGGCGUUUCGAGUCGUAUAUGAAGACACAUCUCCGAUGUUCUCUGGCAUUCAGAAUAUGGCGCGGCUACGUAAAGCGAUUAAAGGCACAGCGAGAGAAAGCAUUAAGAGCCUCUUGUACUCAGAGGCGAUGCCAGAAGAAGUUAUUAACGCUUUACGCCGAAGAUUUGGUAGACCCGACGCACUGGUGCUAGCUGAACUGGAGAAAUUAAAGGCGCUUCCCAGAACGACGGAAAAUCCCAGGGACAUAUGCGUCUUCGCUAGCCAAAUAAAUAACAGCGUGGCCGCCAUAAAGGGAUUGAAGAGACCGCAAUACCUCUACUCGCCUGAAAUCGUGAAACUUAUAAUAGAGAAGAUGCCUCCAAUUCUCAGAUUCAGAUGGUACGAUUUCACGGCUGCGAGGGAAGAGGAAUCGUUCAGUGAUAUUCAAACGAUAAGCAACUUCCUCAAUUUAGAAGCGGACCAAUGCGGCGCAUUCGCGGUACUCGAAGACAGCAAAAGCGUACGACCGAGCGCAGCGAUAAGAAGGCCAGUGAAGCAAGUUACGUAUAAUAUCGCUGAAAGGAGUAGACCUGAAGAAAUCAAGUGCCCAGACUGUGAAGGUACACAUAAACUGAAAUACUGCCAAAGAUUCCUAAAAGCGGCAGUCAACGAGAGAUGGGAAACAGUUAAGAGGCUUAAGGUCUGCUUCAAGUGCCUCGCUAGGAAGCACCGGAAAGAAACAUGCCGAAGACCACCGUGCAAGUUGUGUCAAAGAUGGCACCAUAGCCUACUACAUGUGACGUCGGAGAGCGAACAAUGUCACGAAGAGGCACCGCCCGAGACAGCGACGGUCAAUACAAUAAGCACACCGAAAGCUAUUCUUAAGAUGCUCAAGGUGGAGAUAUACGGACCGGCUGGGAGCAAACAAGUACUGGCGCUGCUAGAUGAAGGCUCAACGGUGACACUGCUUGACGAAAACGUGGCUUCGAGCAUCGGCAUCAAGGGUCCUCGCGAAGCCCUGAAUAUAGAAACUAUCGGCGGAGGGCAAAUGAAAAAUCACGACUCCAUGAUUUUAGAUAUCGAACUGAAAGGGAUCAAGAAAAGCGAGAAGAGCACACUUAAGCGGGCAAGAACUAUCAAGGAGCUCAAAUUAACCCCUCAAUUCGUAGAUAAAAGCCGACUAAAGAAGUGUCAUCACUUGCGGGGCUUACUACAAGACGUGUGCUACGAAGCUGAGGCGCCGAAGCUGCUCAUUGGUCAAGACAAUUGGGAGUACAUUGUCUCGUUACAAAUACGGCGUGGAAAGCCAGGGCAGCCGGUGGCGUCACGAACAAAGUUAGGAUGGGUUCUCCACGGCUCCGACAGCAGUAGCGUGUCUCCUAUAAAUUACGUAAACACAUGUGCACACGUAAGCGUCGUCGAAGAUACAAUAGUUCAGCCGCAGAAGCCUUCAAUGGAUAUCGAACAGCGAGCACUAGACAUAAUGGAAAGAACCAGCCGACAGUUGGAAGAUGGCAAAUACGAGGUCGGACUCUUGUGGAAAAAGGAAGACAUACAACUUCCAAACAAUUACGCAGCAGCUUUCAACAGAUCGCAAAGAAUAGAAGAAAAACUACGUAAGGACGCUAAAUUAAAAAAUGAACAUAGCGCGCCGAUAGGUCUGUUGAAAAGCAACUACGCCCAAGAAGCACCAGCCGACUACACAUCUAACGAAAAAUGGUACCUGCCUAACUUCCCAGUGGUUCACCCUCUGAAUGAGAAGCUAGGAAUUGUCGUUGCGGCCAAAGACAAUGGAGUCAGCCUCAAAGACGUUAUGCUGUCCGGCCCGGACUUACUGCAGUCAAUAUUUGGAGUGCUAUUGCGAUUCCGUCAAGGUCCCGUAUCAAUAGCGGCCGAUACAAAACAAAUGUUUCUGCAGGGGAAGAUAUGUGAAGAAGAUAGAAAUAGUCUCAGAUACCUUUGGCGAAAAGACAAGGAAGCGCUAGUGAAGGAUUACAGAAUGUUAUCACUGGUUUUUGAAGCUGCGUCGUCGCCUUGCACUGCGAUUUAUAUAAAAAUUAAGAACACAAAGGCCUUCUUACAUAAAUAUGAAGAAGCGGCGCAAGCAAUAGAGCGGAAGCACUAUAUGCAUGAUCAUUUGCAUAGCUUCCACAGCCACAGCGACGAUUACCAACGAGUAAUACAGCAAGUCGACUUGAUCCAUAAGAAGGCACACUUCGAGUUACGAGGAUGGGCGUCGAACAAAAUAGAGAUCGUUGAAGACGACACCGAAGCGCGGAAGAGCUACCUAGAACAAAUCGAUAGAAAACAAGACAUCCAGCUGCCGCGAUGUAUGGCAACAUUCUGCACUGAGGGGGAGCUGCAUACUUUCACUGACGCGAAGGAGACGUCGUAUGCAGCCGAAGUAUAUAUCUCUAUGCCAAGGCUUGAACUGCAGGCAGCCUUGUUGGAAGCAGAACACAUAGUCAAUUCUAGACUAAUAACGAACCUAGCUUAUAAUUUGGAAGAGGAGGCGCUAACCAGUAACCUUACCCCUAAUCACUUUCUCACUGGGCGAUCCGGUGGAGCUGCGCGCAUAAGGCAUUUUCCUGACGUAAAGCUGGUGGGCAGAGAAGAUUGGAAGACCGUCCAACGACUCUCUGAUCACUUUUGGAGGAGAUGGCUACGGGAGAACUUGCCCACGCUACUGCCCAGGAAAACGACGGGAAGGCGAGCAGCUGCAGCCAGGCGGCGUGGUUCUUAUUUUGGAUCGCACGUUACCAUGAACUUGGCCGAGGGGAAUCAUCGAAACCACGUACCCCGGACCCGACGGAAGAACCAGGAUCGUGGACGACGCAACCAAGCUGCUGCUGAUGCCGCGAAGACCAUCGUCGAGUAUCGUGAUGAUGGUGCCUGCGAAGUCGCCGCGCAGGAAUAA